UGCUAUUCGAAACAAACUGUUCGCGACCUCUGUGCCACUUGGAUCAAAAUAGACUGUGCUGCUCAAUUGGCAAGUACAUAGUACUUCCAACCACAAAAGAAUGAAUCGUGUUGGCAUUUUUGCUACGUUAUUGUUAUUGCUAUCGAACAGCAUCGAGGGCGAUCGAAGAGUGACGGUCGUUAGGAUGACAACUGAAACGACGACAACGACGACGACGAUAUCGACAAACACGGUAUGUUUCUCGUUGAACACGGUAGGAGGCGUGCCUAUCCCCCCAUGUCGUCGCCGUCGACAACACUGGAUCGAAGAGCCCCUUUUCUUAGCUCAGCAAGAUCAAGUCGACAAAGACCUAUCGCAAUUCGUCAUCGAACCAAAAGAAACAUUCCAGGUAGAGCCGACUCUACUUCCGGGGGCAGGAUUCAACACGUACGGAUAUUCAGGAUUGAAUCGAGGUGGUUACGGGUCACGAGAUUCGCUCGCCAAACAUUCCAUUCAGUCUUCGCUGUUCGUGCCUGUCAGUAGUGAACACCAGAGACUUUACUUUGGCUCGCCGUUGUUCCUCCGCCGGAUAUGGGCGUACCUAGCAAACGACCUGUACCGCAGGGAUGACACAAAAAGGACAGUGACCUUUACUAGAACAAAGAUAGCAACAGAAAGAGAAAUGUCCACCAAGACGAACACCAUAGGCAUUUCAGGUUGCACGCCCAGCCCGCUGCCGUACGACGUGUGUCCGUGAAUGAAAUUCGUCUUUGUUCCAGCCAUCAGUCUCUCUUGUCAAAUUAGCAUACCGCUGAAUUUCUAUCAGAAAACUCGUUAUCAUAUUUACAUAUGUUUGAUAUCUGAAUUUCUAUUGUUGAAAUAUAACAUUAGUUUAUACUUUA